UAUGGAUGUACUCAAUCCAAGCAUAACUGGUAUAACAUUACAAAUAUGUCUAACUGACAUCUCUACAUCAACACAUCCACAAUAUAAUUACAUUGCAUGUGUACAAAUGAAUAAGAUCACAUAUUAGUCUGACUCAACAACAACAACAACAACAAAAUCCUUCGCCAUGAUUUGACAACUUACAAUUUCAAAACAAAUACAUCAAAUGUAUAUGAAUUAUCAUUGAACAUACAAUGUAACACAUACAGUUUAUUAAUGUGUUACAACAGGUAUUUUGCACAUUUUUUUGUUUCUAAACAACUAAACCUUAGAAAACUUGAAUCUUAGUUUUGUUUUACAGAAAUCAGUUGCUGCCUUCAAUUCGAUUCGAAAUCAUCUUGUUGUUGUCAACCAGUAUGAAUUUGUCACUACCCCAACAAUUUUGGACAAAAUUAUUUAUUGUAUUAAAUAGUUGUUUUGUUAUAUUUGGUAUUGUACUACUUGCAUUGGGUAUUAAAGGAUUAGAAACAUUGAAUAGAUUCGGUACAAUUUUAACUGGAAUCAUACCACCUAUCAUUCCAAUAGCAAUAUUUAUAGGAUGCCUUAUUUUAAUUGGUACAACGAUUGGUUAUAUUGGAUUAUGGAAACCGAAAAAAUUCAUUGUCAUACUACAUAUUGCAUGUUUAUGUCUUGCAGUGAUUAUUGAGAUUGCCAUAGCAACAGCGACAGCUACUACGGGAGAAAAAUUUCAAACAGCCGCUAAUCAUUCAGUACUACAAGCUGUGAAACAAUUUUAUUCAAAUCCUUAUUGUCAAGUAGAAAUGGAUAAAUUACAAAGAAACUAUAGAUGUUGUGGAGCUACAUCAUAUUUGGAUUAUGUAAAAACAAAUAAAACUGUACCAUUCUCUUGUUUUAUUGGUACAUUAGUUUAUGCAAGAGGUUGUGUAGAAGCAUUCAGUGAUUAUGCCCAACAUUAUAUCGUUGCAUUAAUUACUAUGUGCUUUGUAUUUGGUAUUAUUAAAGCUAUUUAUGUGAUUAUCUCUAUUUGUUUAUUUAAAAAUUCAUUGACUGCAAAAAAUGCAUCACCAUAAAUCUUAUUUACUUACUUAUGCCUAUUACUCCCAAUGGAGUAGGAUAAUGAAGAUGAUAAACUCCAAUUGUUUUCUUCUCUUUUCUUUUCAUUCCUUUUUAAAUUGUUUACUUAAUACAACAACAAUAAUCAUAAACAAUCAUGUCAUCAAUACAAAUUGAAUCAUUAUUGAUUAAAGUAAUGUCAUAUAUCACAUUUGACAAUCUGUAUUGCAUAGAUACCGUUGUUUAUUAUUUUUGGGCCAUUAUUACUAUUAUUAUCAUUAUUAUGUAAUCAACAGAAUUAAUGAUAAGAAUAAAACAAACAUUGUUCUUUUUUUGGUUACUUGUUUCUAUUACAUAAUAUGUAAACAACUGUAUACUUAAAUGAAUUGCUCAAAGAAUAUGAAUCUUGAAUAGUAGGAAUAUCAACAUAACACUUCACUUAACGCAGAGUGAACAUCCACUCUCUGAGAUGCAGGUAUAUUCAGCUGACGAGUCCUAAAUAGGACGAAAAGCGAGUCAAACUGGAUUCCACUGCUAGCCACUAUCCAUCAAAUAGCUUACAAAUAGUUUGUGAAUUAAGGUAAUAUCGAGGCAUACGCACAGUAUGCACAUAUGCCAAUAACAGACUGAUCAAUUGCAGUCUUAAACCUCAAUGGGAAGAUACAAGUGAAUAUCAACAUAUUGUUUAAUAUUCGGUUGGUAUUGUUGUAUUAUUUGAAUCUUUUUAUUGAUGUUUUAAGACUGUAAUUGAACAGUCAUUUAUUGGUAUAUAUGGAUAUUAUAUGUAUUGACUUGAUAUUGUCUUAAUUCACAAGCAUUCUAGGUGAGACUAUAAUUUAUGGACGACAUUUGAGUGACGAUGAACACUUACUGAUUAGGACUAAAUGAGUGUUAUAAAGCAGUUAGAAUUUUUACUUACAGUUAAUGGUUAGGGUUAAAAUUAGAUUUAGGGUUUUCAUCACGAACUGACAUCAGCUAUAAUGUCAAAACUCUAUUUAGCCAAAUGUAUGGAUGAAUUUCGCGCCGAAAUUCGUGACUCGCUAUCUUAUAUCUGAUUGAUUCGUCUAUAAAUUAUAGUCUCGCCGCAUUCUAAGAAAAGAUGGGUAGUGGCUAGCAGUGGAAUUCAGGACGUGCGUCUCAUCCUAUUUAGGACUGGUCAGCUGGAUGUACCUGCAUCUCAGAGUUGAUGUUCACUUCAAAACUAGAACUCAUUACCGUUUGCUCUAAACGCCAUUGCGUUAUCCACAUAGCUAGUGAAUCCUGACAACCAUUUGCUUGUGCAAUGUGGUGAAGUUUAAAUUUACUUGAUAUUGUUUGCUUGAAUCUUUCCAUUGAUGUUUAGGAUUGUAAUUGAUCAAUCUCUUAUUGUCAUAUGUGCAUACUGCGUGCAUUGACUCGAUAUUGUCUUAAUUCACAAGCACUCUAAGAAAAGAUGGAUAAUGGCCAGCAGUGGAAUUCAGUACUCACGUUUCGUCCUAUGUGGGAAUCGUCAUUUGGAUGUGUGUGCUUCUCAGAAUUGAUGUUCACUCUGAGACUUAGUAGCUGAGUGGAUAACGCGACAGGGUUUUAAAAGGAUGGUACUCUAUUUGAGUCCCAGAGUGAACAUCAACACUGAGAUGCAGGUGCAUCCAGCUAAUCAGAGCCAAAUAAGACGAAACGCCCAUCUUGGGUUCCACUGCUAGCGACUAUCCAUCUUAGUACAUUACUUAAUACAUUUUUCAUUAUUAUGCCAUACUUCAAUUAAUUAUACGAAUAUAAAUCUUUGUAGGUAAAUGUUCACAUAGAAUAAUUACACAUUUCCUUUCAAGUAGAGUUAAAAUUAACCGAUUCCUAUUGAUCAUUGUAGUGUGACAGAACAGGUGAAAACAGAAAACAUUCAAAACAAACAAACAAACAAACAACAAUUACAUAGCUAUGAACAACAACAAACCAAUAAAUAAAAAUAAUAUAUUUCUAAUAUCCCAAUGAGUAGAAAAUUGGAUUUUCUGACGUUUCGUGACUUAGUUUAAGUCACUUCUUCAGAGAAUAAAUAACCAAAUUAAAAUUAAUCCAAAUUUAAAUAGUACAAAGGAGCAAGGCAAGAAUAAUAUUUGAUCAAUCAAAAAACAGGGUUUAAAUGACUUAAAUAAAAGAGUUUGGUUGGAAGUUAUAUUGAAGACAUAUUAGUAUAGUAUAACAAGGGUAUAAAUAAAUUGAAUAGACUGAAUAUUGUAAAUAUAUAUAUCUUAUGUAAAAGAGCAUUCUUCAACAUUGAUUGUGACAGCAGUUCAAACGGCUAAGAACAAGUGAUUAAAUAAUGAGUAAACAUUGAUAGGAAUAUAAUGAGUAGAGCUCAAUUGAUGCAGCGAAAGAAUAUUUGUCACCAGGUGAGGAAAGAUUAAUAACUAUCUCUUUUUGAACACAUAUAUCGAGUUUUUGGAGUCUGAUAGCAACGGAUUCAGCAAACUUCAGAAAACUGGAGUUUGGCUGCUUAUUCAUCAGGACAUAACAUUCACUCAUUGAUCAUUUGACUGUGUUGUGUUCACUCAAAAUAACUUAAGAAAUAUAACUAUUGUUCAAGUGUUCAUUACCUCAAAUAAUCGAUUCAUGUCAAAUACAAUACAAUAAAAUACAAUACAAGUAUCAUGACUCAAGUAUAGUAUAAUGGGAUUAUAAAGGGAUAUAAUGAUUAAUGAAAAUAUAUUCUUUGAUUAGUUUUAGAUCAUUUCAAUUAUACAAAAGAAGUUAGUUUACAAUAAUCGUCACCAUAAUGAAUGUAUACUCACUUAUGUAGAGAUAAACAGGUACCUGUUUUUUGAUUGAUCAAAUAUUAUUCUUGCCUUGCUCCUUUGUACUAUUUAAAUUUGGAUUAAUUUUAAUUUGGUUAUUUAUUCUCUGAAGAAGUGAUUUACACUAAGUCACGAAACGUCAGGAAAUCUAAUUUCUCUACUCAUCGGGAUAUUACAAAUAUAUAAUUUUUAUUUAUAACAAUCAACCCAAUGCUCAAUUUAUUCGAAAUUAUCAAAUCAAACCUUGGUAAUGACACCUACAAACAACCAACCAAAUUCCAGGCUAACCGAAUAAGCUAUCAUUAAGGUGACAUAUGUGUAGUCAACAAGAACACAAGUCGGGACAAUCAUACCAACUGCAUUCCGUUUCCGUUCUUUCCUUAUUGAUCUUCUACUGAAAUACAUUCUAUGCCUGAUCACCGUUUUAUACUACUUAUGUGGAUAUAAGUAACCCACACCACAGAGGUACCUUUAGACCAUUUAACUUAGUAUCCACGUGAUUACAGUUUUAUUUUUUAUGACUUUCGAAUAUCAUGUGAAUAUUAUCUUCUGUUAUCCGUGACAUCAGUCUAACACUCUAUAUGAUAAAACAAAAUAACUUUCCAGUAAUCCAUAGUUCCUAACUGUAAGAUAAGUAUAAUCAACUUUCUUAACUAUUCACUAAAUGAUUGAUGUAUGUUGAAUUUUGAUCGAAUUUUAUAUUCCAUGUUAAUACAGAAACUGUCGCUUCCAUACCUCGAUAAAGGAGAGAGUUAGAAAUAGGGUCGACAAACCCAUCCUGGUAGAAAACAAUCUUGGAAAUAAAACAGAAAUGUUAACCAGACUAAACCAAUUCAACCAUUUAAAUUCUAUCCUCUGAGUUGAGAGAAGUGUUAUGAUGCCUCAUGGUGUAAGCCAAGAUAAUUAGGAAUGACCUGAAGGACAAAUGUAUAUCAUUUUCUAGGAAAUGGAUUCAUUUUCUAAGGGAUAGAUAUGUAUAUACGUACAUGAGUAUUUAUACAUAUUGUUUGGUAGCCCAGAAGAAUUUUUAUUCCACUCUCGUCCUCUUGCUCAAACAAUCAGUUUGGGUGGUGAGCACAUAGCAAUUUAGGCAUCAGUAUCAGGUCUCAGACACCGCGCAGCAUAACGAUUUUCAAUACGAACGUCAAGAUAGUUCUACCGUAUGGAGCUGAAACAUGUAGAACUACCACAAUCAUCAUCAAACAUGUACAACUAUUCAUAAACAAUUCUUUACGCAAAAUACUCAACAUCCGUUGACCGGAUAUAAUUAACAACAACCUACUAUAGCACACAAUAAACAAAUUGACAACUGAACAGGAAAUCGAGAAAAGGCAUUGGAGGUAGAUAGAACACACAUUGAAGAAAUCAUCAAACUGCAACACGAGAUAAUCGUUAACUUGGAAAUCUGAAGGCCAGAGGAAAAGAGGUAAAUCUAAGAAUAGAUUGAGUCGAGAAUUGGAGGCAGGUAUCAAAAGAAUGAAUUGUAUUUGAGAACAGCUAUAAAAAAAGAAUAGGAGACAGAAUUGGUUGGAGAAUUGUGGUGGUCGGCCUAUGUUUCUCCACGAGUGGUAACAAGAGUAAAUAAAUAAGUAAGUAAGUAAAUACACAUUUCAGUAAUUUUCGUUACAAUUACUUUAAUUAAUAUAAAACAGAACUAUUGAAAAACUCAAGUACAAAAAAUAAAUAUUUGAUAUCGAUUACAAUAUUAUUAUGUUUAAAACAACUUCUUUCCAUUUCCAUACUCUACCUAAACAUGAAUACAUGGAUCAUUACAUCAUUAUCUAAAAGAAUCACAUUUAAAUGGGUGUGUGUUUAUGUAACGUUUCUCAUUCCUGUUUGGGUCUUUCUCAACAAUCAAUCAUCAUUAAUAUCGAUUUUGAAAUAACAACACGUAUAAGUGCUACAUAAAAGGCAGAAACCAAUAUUUCUUACGUCUACAACAAAUUACAAUUAUACAUGAAUUAAGAAAAUGAUGUGUGUUUCAUUAUCAAGAGAAUUUUGGCAGAAAAUAUUUAUUACAUUAAAUACUUUAUUUGUUAUAUUUAACAUUAUACUACUUAUAUUAGGUAUAAUAACACAAAAUACUUUAUCAAAAUAUACAACCAUUUUAAAUACACCAAUAUCAGCUAUCAUUCCAACUAUUCUAUUUACUGGAUGUUUCGGUUUGAUAGCUGCAUUAAUUGGAUAUAUUGGAUUAUGGAAACCAAUGAAUUCAAUUGCUUUAAUGCACAUAAUUAGUUUGUGUAUUGUUACACUUAUUGAAAUUGGUAUAGCAACAACAUCAGCUGUAAUGUAUGAUCAAUUCUAUACAACUACUCAUAGUGCAUUAUUAGAUACUGUGAAAUUCUAUUAUGAAAAACCUCAAUAUGAAAUGGAAAUGGAUCAUUUACAAAGUGAAUUUAAAUGUUGUGGAGCUGAAUCUUAUUUGGAUUAUAGAAAAUUGGGUUUGAAUAUACCAUUCUCUUGUAUCAUCGGUUAUUUAGUUUAUGCAAGAGGUUGUGUUCAUAUAUUAACUGAUUAUAUACAACAAUAUACAAUUGUAUUCAUUUCAUUAUGUUUUAUAUUUUCAAUUAUACAAGGGGUUUAUUUAAUUAUUUCCAUUUUAAUGCUUAAUAGAACUAUGGAUACAAAAAAUUUAUGUACAUAAUUAUGUUUUUUUUUUUAAAAUUUUUUUUUCGAAAAAAAAAAUCAAUAAAUCAAUAAAAUAAAUCAACAUGCUAUUGUUGAUCAAAAGGAUAUUUCAUUGUUACUAUGAUCAAUUUAUUGAUUGAUUUAUGUAAUUCAUUGAUUUGAAUGAUUUAUUGAUUAUUCAUUGAUUGAUUGAUUAAUUCAUUCUAUUAAAGACUAUUGAAUGUUGUUGUUGUUGUUGCUGAUUUGUUUUUCUCCUUACUGUUUUCUGUGUUAUGAAUAAAUAAUUGUUUGAAUUAA